AUGGCUCUUCUUCAGCUUCCACCACUUACUGGUUGUGUCAGGCGCUUCAACUCAAGCGUGUGCUCGCUGUCUGCACGAAAAUUUAGUAUCUUUGCAACUCUGGCACAACCCAGUAGUGACACAACCAACUGGGUCGAAGCAACUUCCAGUUUCUUCGACCAAGACAAACGACCCAUCAUGCUGUUUGACGGAGUAUGCAACUUGUGCAAUGGGGGUGUGAAGUUCGUUCGUGAUAACGAUCGAAAUAAGACAAUUAGAUAUGAAGCUCUUCAGAGUGAAGCAGGUAAAAUGUUGCUCAGAAGAUCAGGAAGAGCUCCUGAUGACAUCUCAAGUGUUGUACUUGUUGAGAGGGACAGAUCCUACAUAAAGUCAGAAGCGGUACUGAAGAUAAUGGAAUACAUAGACUUGCCAUUUCCACAAUUAGCGAUUCUUCUUCAAUUUGUUCCUCUGUUUAUCAGAGAUUUUGUUUAUGACAAUGUUGCAAAUAACCGUUACAUGAUUUUUGGUCGUUCGGAAUCAUGUGAAAUAUAG